AUGUUCCUUAAUAUCAAAUUCUUAGCAAAUUAUACUAGCGAAGACUCUUGUAUUCUAUUAGUUCAUGGUUACAAUAAAACUAGAAUAUUUGAUACUUACAUGAUAUUCCUGCUUCAAGGUCAUAUAGGAUUAUUAAAUCCAAUAAAGAAAUGUAAAGUAACCGGUCCAUUGUAUCGACCCAAUAAAGUUGAUGUGUUAGUAUCGUCACCGUUCUCUCAACCGGCUUCAUUUCGGAUAUUUUUAACGGAUAUCGAACCAACUAUACCAGUUAAUUUCGAAGAAAAUUUAAGACCUAAAUUUUAUAUAAGACGAAUUAAUCUUAUCGAUAAAGAAAUAAAUCUAAGUGGUCUACCGAAGGAGUCAGGUCAAGAUGUUAUAGAACAUAAGCUCUAUUUGCAAAUGAUAUGUUUGAGUACACAGAUUGGCAACACAUGGAUAUGGUUCAGAAGCGAUAUCGGGGAAUUUUUCAUCAAAGUAAUGUCACAACCUCGCUGGGAUUUAGCUAUUGACACGUUACAAACCAGAGUGAAAUCUUGGCCAAUGGACCCUUGCAGUUGUGGUGAAGCUUGCGAGUGCUACAGAACUGCCGUACUAGUGAUACCGCAUCGCAACGAGUUAAUGCUGAAGUCUUUACGUUAUGCAUUACUCGAAUAUGCAUCUGAUAUAAUGUUACAAGUAUACGAUCGACUUAUAGGGACACCGACGGGGAAAAUGAUUCUCGGUAUGCUCUUAUCCGAAGGUGGAACGAAUAUGUCUGACGUUCAGCAUAUUCUUCGAAACGAGACGGUAUUUCGUGUGUCAUCGCGUGCGCUGCUCCCACGCAUCGAACGAGUUAGGCUCUCUCAACAUUCGGACGAAAUGCUCGCACUACCAGUAACUAUCGCCAUCGGCGAUAGAUCUGAAAAAUACUCUGUCACUUUCGUUUCCGAUUGUGGAAUGGAUAUAAGAACUUAUAGAAUAAUUUUCAUAGAAAACACAGAUGGAUCUUAAGGUAAAAAAUAUAUAUAUUGUGGCAAAGGGCCCGUUUCACAAACAUAAAAUUCUUUAAAAUCUAAUAAUUGAUUUAACAAUUAUGUUUUGUCAUUUGUAGUAACACCGAGGUUACCGAGUGAACCGAUUGCAGUUGCAUUUUUUAAUUGACAACUACAACAAAGCGGCAACCUUGAAGGCGUUACGUAAUAUAUAUUUUUUAUUAUUAUUUGUAUUACAUCCUGAUUUGUAUAAUAACUUUUAUUAUAUAAUAUUCUUUUAAUGUUAUAUGAUCGCAGCCCACUAAUAAAUUCCAACAUUAAACCAAGUAUAGAUAGGACGAAAUUCUAACUUACUUUGACGCGUGUAACUUGCUGAUAUUUUUGAGAAUGAUAUAAUCUAUAUAUUAGAGUAAAUUAACAACAAGCAAAAGCUGAAAUUUUCACUAUAAAAGUUCUUUGUUCACACCCUUAUCAUAUUGAUAUUUGGUGGUAUCUCAUUAUUAAAUUACAUAUUCAAAUUAAUAUGAAUAAUUCAAAUCCUUUUUUAUUUACAAUAAAAAAACAGGUAUAGAUAGAUAUUUUAAAAAUCAAUAGAGGGAAUUAUUUAUUGAAAGAACAAGAAGUGAAUGAAAUCAUAAGAUUAUGAAUGCAAUUUUAGAGAAUAUUUACUUAUAAUAUUCAUAAUUCAUAACCUCGAAAUGAUGAAUAGUUGUUAUAAAACUAUGUAUGUUCUGCAUAAAUUAAUAAUUAUGAUCUUUUUAACGUGUGAUUUUUUUUAUAUAUUUCUUUUAGUGUAUACUCUAAAAAAUAUAUUCUAAUUUAAUUUUAUCCAUAAUUCAUAUACGCAUUUAUUUCGACAAUUACAAUAAUCAUUAUUUUAUUUUAUAGCAUUCCAUUUUAUUGUUUCGCCCAAAUAUUUUGGAAUACUAAAUGAUUUUGUUAAUAAAUUCUGAUUAUUAAAAAAAAUGUUUUAUUUUACGUUGUUUUUGAAGUAUGUUAUUUUAGUAGUAUAAAAUUAUUUAUGUAUGGGUAUGUAAAAUUAUAACAAUAUACCGACAGCUUAAGCGUAGACCGUUGUUAUUUUAAAAGAAAAGAUAAAUUAGGCAAGAACAUAUAUUGGCACCACUUUUACGUAUAAAAAAUAGUACAGGACAGCAUUAGUAAAUAAUAACAAAAAUUAAGGAAAUAUUAAAAAAUAACUAUAAAAAGCCUUUUUAAUGAUGCCUUUUACUCAAAAAAGAUGAUAAGGCUAUUGGCAAACGUAAUAAGACUGUAGGUAUCUAUCUUAAACGGGCGUUCUAUAAAACGGUUAAAAAGAAUGAAUUAGAGAUACUGAGGGGCUACUCUGUUUAUAUACGAACGAAAAUUACACAAAUUUCGAAUUGUUAUUACAAUUUUUUUUUAAUCAUAUGCGUUAAUAUUAUCUGUGCAUCAAAAGCAGCGUCGGGGUCCUACCUCCGUUUCAUUAUUAAUUAUCGAAAAAUGUGUUCAUUUAGAGUCGUAUUAGGGUUUCGAAAAUAGACGAAUUUUCAUUUUCGGAGAAACAGAGUAGGCCUUCAGAAUUACGCUUAAAAAUUCUCAUAUAAUUAAUCGAGAGAUCUGCCCUGCCGAAAUUCACGUCAUUAAGUUCAGAAAUUAUAUUGAUUCCAUUAUUUGUAUA